ACUUCGAUAGGCAAUUUGUUAACUUUGACGAAAGGAUUUUCUGUGUCUACUUUCAAUUCACUGACAUUUUUAACUCCUGUGAAAAUUCAUUAAUGUCUGUGAUUUGAUCUGUACAGCUCAAAAUCCAAGACGGAAAAUUGAUUCUGCGCAUACCAGGAGCUGAGGUUCACAAGGACAAUCUUUGUCACUUUGGCGGCUGCCUCUCAGAAAUAGCGCUCAAGCAGUAAACAUUUUUACUUACUUACGUUUAUUAUUCCAUAAGUACCAAUUCUACUGCAUUAAAAUAAAUACAAAAAUACCUGUUCACUGAGAACAUUUUUAACAAGGAAUGAAAUAGAUUAAUAAACAAAGUGCAUAUUUUCAUUUUAAAUUCGUGCACCUGUAUCCACGGUAGAAAGAGCAAAUUAAUCUCACAGCGAUUUCUCAUUUUUCACGUGCAGCACCUCUAAAUAUCACUUUGAAUAAAUUUAUGACCUUUGAGUAACGCAUGCGUCACGCGAGUGGACGUACAAAAAGCACUAUUAGCACUAAUACGUUCAGUGGAAAAUCAUAAGCAGUUUUGUUAACAUAUAGUGCACUAUUAUAACAUUAUGAGGAUACUUUUACUUAGUAUUUUCGGUAGCAUCAUUGCGUUUUCUCAUCAGCAAGAGAAUCCAGAACUCAGUGAUGCACACUGGCAAGAAGAUCUACAAUCCUGUCUCGACCAAACUGGACUAGACCUUAGUAUUUUUGGUGUGUCUCGGAUCGACGAAGUUACGGAACAACAUCUUAAAAAACUUACUAAAGUACCUGCAGAUAAAAGGGGCUGCCUGGUCGCGUGCGUUUUCCAAAAACAAGGGAUGAUAAGCAAAGAAGGCGUACUUCAGAACAAUCCACCACACCCAGAUCCUACAACGAAAUUCGAAACCACAUUCGAAGAUGCGAUUGCAGUUUGCAGAGCAGAGGAAAAUUUCUGCAAGCUCGGGAACUGCCUAUUUGGAAUUUACUUCAACUAUGAAAUAUAAUGUACAACGAAUAUAAUACAGUAUUGUGUUUUACUAUUAUUAAUAAUCUAAUUUUUGAGCGAAAUUUUGUGUACAUUGUAUGUCUAAUUAAAUAAAGUUUCGGAAUUGAUAUCUGAUUUCGACAAAAUCAUAAUAAACCAC